AUGAUUUCAUUGAUCAAUGAAAUUCCUCAAGUCGGAAUUUUUAAUCAAUUUGAUAAAAAUAUUUUUAGAGGGGCACGAAAUGCACGACCUGGACCACGACAACAAGUAUUUACAGAUGUAAGGGGCGAACUUAAAAUAAUUGAUUUAAGGCCUUGGCUUAGGGGAUUUGAUACAAAAUGUAUAAUACUAGAAUGUGCAUCAAGAAUUAAUGCACCAGUCAAUAUCUUCUUGGUAGCUGAUGAAACUGCUAAAUGCAGAAUGGCAAUCUGGGGAGAUAUUGGGAAUGAACUUAGGGAGCAAGAUGUUGUGAAUAUUAAAAAUGG